UCCGUCAGGCUUCCAGCUGCUGUAGCCGCGCCUUCAUCGCUUCGGCAUCCGGCCGCCCCCUGCUCCAGCGCGGCAUGGCGACCCCAACCCAGGCCCCCACGAAGGUUCCUCAGGAACCUGACCCAUUUUACUAUGACUAUGACACUGUGCAGACUGUGGGCAUGACUCUGGCUACCAUAAUGUUUUUGCUGGGCAUCCUCAUCAUCAUCAGCAAGAAAGUGAAGUGCAGGAAGGCGGACUCCAGGUCUGAGAGCCCAACGUGCAAGUCCUGUAAGUCAGAGCUUCCCUCCUCAGCCCCUGGAGGUGGUGGCGUGUAAAUCCAGCCUCCGGCACCUCCACUGCUGUCCCUGCCUGAGUGUGGGAGCCUGAGGACCGGGUGGAGGCGGUGGGGAUCCCAGCCUUGCGACGCUGGGAGCGAUCUCCGGAAUGAACCGCCCCACCCACCCCGAGGCUGGAGCCGCUGCAUCCUGCUGCCCCUCCCCAGGCCUUGGCAAUGACGAUCCCCCAAAGACCCCCAACUGCAUCCCAGACCCAGGGACUCAGGUCUCCAGUCCCUGGAGUCCAAGAGUCCAACCCCCAACCCGCCCCCAGGGUCCCCGUGUGCUUCCCCUCUGCACCUCCUUGUCUCCUCUCCGAAGAGCCGUUCCCCUGCAACCUCGGUGUCUACGUCUUGAGCUAAAUAAAUGUGC